AUGAAGUCCGGUCAACACUGCCGUGGUGUCGCCGCGCUAGCUGCCUCACCAUUACAUCGUCGCCGUAAAAGGCGGUGCAACUGUCAUCAUCACCGCCAAGAUCAGCCGUAUUCGGAUGCAGAGGUCGUUACGACAGUAAAUGUUCUUACAGCUAAAAAACUCCUCAAGCAAGGCCAUCUCUAUCUUGAUGUCAGGACUGAGGAAGAGUUCAAGAAUGGGCACGUGGAGAAGGCCUUGAACAUACCCUACAUGAUCAAUACUCCAAAAGGGAUGGUGAAGAACCCCAAAUUUGUGGAUCAAGUUUUGUCCCUCUGUAGCAAGGAAGAUCAUCUUGUUCUGGGGUGCAAAAGUGGUGUUAGGUCCCUACAUGCAGCUACCCAACUUGUUAACGCAGAAUUCAAACAUGUGUACAACAUGGGAGGAGGAAUCAGUGCCUGGAUUGACAAUGGAUUUGAGGUCGUGAAGCCACAUACUGAGGAUCUAUAA